AUGGCUGAAAGGACUAUAUUACGCAAAGAUCAACUUGAAAUCAGCCUACAUAAUGAGAAGCAGCUCAUCAAGGAGGGGACAAUCAAAGAUGACAAUCCCUUGGAUUUGAGUGAGCCGUUCCGUGAGCUUUGCAGUGCUUGUCGGAGGGGGGAUCUGAAAGUCUGCCAGGAGAAGAUCACCGAGGGUGUCAACGUCAACGCUCGCGACUCGUACGACUAUACCCCUUUAAUUUUGAACGCGAUUCACAGAUGCCUGUACAACGCCCUGAAUGACCGCAUACGGAAUCUUCUCCUCGAGUACGACUACUCCAAGUCGACAGACCCCCUGCAGCCACUUGCUGCUCAUGUUGCCUCAUUGCUCACAAGGGAGAGCCCCCCUACGACAGACAUAAUUAUAACGGUCCUUGAUCAGGACAUUGCACUCCACAAGUUCAUACUGGCUGCUCGUUCUCCCUACUUCCAAUCCAAGCUUGCAGCAGCACCGGAGACAAAGACAUGGAAGCUACCGAGUACGAUUCCGCCUGAAGCCUUCGCAGCAGCAAUCCGAUACCUGUACUUGGGAGAGGCUCCCCGAGAACUUCGGAGUGGACCAGGAACCGGCUUUACGGAAUCCGAGGUCUUCACUGGCAUUGACAAGAUUGCAAAACAACUUCAACUCGAAAGUCUUGUGGACAGCCUUUUGGAAAGCGGAGAUCGGCGGCGCGCGCGGCAACGCAGAACAACGGAGUUGAGCAAAGGCCGCGAUCAGCUAGAAUCAUGGUUUCGAAGAAAUGUCCUUGGCAACAAGCUCACAGUUGAGACAUCCCGCCUAAAUGAAGUGAAAUGGGACCGCAACAACUCUAUCUUUGCAGAUGUUCUUCUGAGAGCGGAUGAGCUUCCAAACGAGGAAGACGGCGGCCACGACACAUCCCCAGAGUCGGUCUUAUUUCCAUGCCAUCGCGCGAUGCUUCUUCGGUCGGAAUUUUUCCAAGCCAUGUUCACAUCCUCCUUCCGCGAAGCUCAAGUCACAGAUUCCCUGCAGGUGAUAUCCGUAGACUGCUCGCCCGAUGUUCUUGAAAUAAUCUUAACAUUUUUGUACACGGAGCGAGCAGAUUUCUCGCUCGACGUCGCCGUUGAAGUUCUUUUUGCAGCUGACAUGCUCUUCAUCGAAAAAUUGAAGACAAAAGCAGCCGUGGUCAUCAGCACAUUGGGCAGUGGAGUCUCUCAGGCCGAGGCGGCCCGGACCCGAGGCAGCAAGGAUGAAGACGAUAUUGACAUCUACGCAAUCAUCAGAGCAGCGUGGAUGACUCGAGUGCAGCGCCUUGAAGAAUUUGCCGCUCGCUUCCUUGCAUAUAGACUGGAGGCCCAUAUUGAUUCUCCAGAAUUUGCAGAACUGAUUCGAGAAUCUGCUGAUCGCAUCCAAGCGCGCCAAGAAACCGACUCAAUUGAACUUUUGGAUGACAUCCGCUUCUAUUUGAAUGAGCGAUUCCGGAUGCGGUUUGACGAUGCCGGUCUUGACGAGUUAAUGGACGAGCAGGAGCCCCCAACGGACGAAGAGAAGCACAUAUUCGCGGAGAAUGUCAAUGAUAUGACCAACCAGGUGGAAAAAAUGCACGUUGCUGACAAGACCUCUGAGACACAAGCGUCCAAUAUGAAGAGUCAGCCGUCUCACGCCCAAGUUCAAGAAAUUCGAACUUUGGAUGGCGCUCUCGUUGAGGAUGAAUUUGACGAGGAUGCAAUGAACUAUCAAAUCUUGCUGGAGAAACUUGAUGCCUUGUUGGAGAGACUGAACUUGGAAGCGUGA